AUGAGCCAGAGCGAGGUGUCGCCGUGCGCGGCGCCGCCGCCGCCCCCCAGCCAGCGGGUGUUCCAGGAGGCGGUGCGGCGCGGCAACACCAAGGAGCUGCAGUCGCUGCUGCAGAACAUGACGAACUGCGAGUUCAACGUCAACUCCUUCGGGCCCGAGGGGCAGACGGCGCUGCACCAGUCCGUCAUCGACGGUAACCUCGAGCUCGUCAAGCUCCUAGUCAAGUUCGGCGCCGACAUCCGCCUGGCCAACCGCGACGGCUGGAGCGCCCUGCACAUCGCCGCUUUCGGGGGCCACCAGGACAUCGUCCUCUACCUGAUCACCAAGGCCAAAUACUCCGCCGGCGCACGGUGAUGCCGGGACUGCCCCCGCUGCGCUCGCCCGCUGAUGCCAGGACCGCUCGCCCGGUGAUGCCGGGUCUCCCCCACCCCGCGUUCCCCCGGCCAUGCCGGGGACUCUCCCCGCUCCCCCGGCCGCCAGAGCUGCUCCCGCCCCCGCCCGGGGCGGGUUUGGCGAAGAUUUGGGGCCCCACGCAGAACACGCCACAUUUUUAAGUUUUUUGUUUGUUUGUUUGUUUGUUUUAAUCUUCCAAGGUUGUUUCCUACUGUAACGUGGGUUUUUUCCUCCAUCUACCUCGGCUGCACUCACAGUAUUCACGAUUUCAGUUUGACAUCUGGGCAGAUGCUUUAACACCCCCCGCCCCGUUCCCUCUCCGCUAAUAUUUAAUCCCCCUCCCCGCCCUCCUUGUUCCCGACCCUCCCAUUUAAAGUGUUCUGGCUCAGAAACUAAUUCAUUUCAACGCCCCCCAAAAGCCACCCCGCAGACCCCCACUGCUGCUGGGGUCCCCUCUCCGGUGCCGGCCCCGGACCCGGGUCCGAUGCCCCGUCCAUGGGCAGGGGCUCCCGGCCGGCCGCGGCCUUCCUGGCGAGGAGGAGCAGGAAAGUCUUCCUCUCCAAGGUUUUCCCACCGCUGACUUUUUUUUUUGUCGAGGCGACUCCGUUGGAAUAUGACAGACGUGGUUUUCUCACCCCGAUUGCUUCUGGGUUUGGUUGAUUUUGCGUUGGGUUUUCUGCUUUGGUUCUUCAUUGGGUGUCCGAAGAAAGUCUGCAUCCUCACCCACUCCACGAAUCUGUUUAGCACACGUGAGAUCCCAGGAAAAGACAUUGAGUCCUUGUGGUUUUGUGUGUAAAGGGGGAUUAGCAAAUCCUGGACUGUUUAAAAAAAAAAAAGAAAUAAACUCUAGAGGCAGAGGAUUUGCUUUUGCACAGAAAAGGGGCGCGAGCGCUCUCUGCUGCCUACAGAGAUGCUGGAAAACUACUGAAAAGAGUUUGGGAACUUUAUUUUUUCUUUUGGUGAAACUUGGAUAACACUUCUCAAUGCAGAACGAUUCACUUGACGUACGUACACUCACCCACCUUUAAUAGGAGAUAUAUAUCCCACCAUAUAUAUCUUUAUAAAGGAAAGGGAGAAAGCAGAGCAAGCCACCCGAAGGCGCAUUUUGAAGUGACUGCACGUAUAAUCGCAAAUGCUGCUUUUUUUAUUGCUAUGGCACAAGAACAUCCAUUUGGAAAAUGCGGAAAAGUUCAGAAGUCUCCUUUCUCCCGCUGGUCUUUCAGCCCUCUUCUCGUCUGCACUAAAGCCAUCCGUAUCACUGCCAUCUCCCUGCUUUUUCCUCUCUUGCUCCCUGCAUCCAAACCAUUCUGAUUAAAAAAGAGAAAAGAAAAUAGUUACCUGCUGGUUUAUUGGGGUUGUGUCUUACCUAUUUAUCAUGUCUGUAUAUAUUUGUGGGUGAAGAUUGUGAGCCUGGUUUUGUUUGAAGCUGAUGGUGAGUGUUUCAAAAAUAUGGUUUGGGAUAUAUGCCUUUU